AUGGAGGUACACGAGAUAACUUCGUCCGGCGCUCCGAGCCCGGCUCUACAGGGCGUCUCCACUCCAGCGCCGGACAUGCCGGUCAAGGGCAAGAACCGCCAUCGUCUGCUUCAGAGAAUCCAGCGCAUAUCGUCAACACCCUCAUUGAGCAAUUUGCGUCGCUCCAAGUCCGUUGGCAGCCGUGGAAGCCCUUACGGCUCACGAAGCACCCUCUCGUGUGUCAGUCUCGCGGCCACUGGACCGCCCCAGACUCCCUAUAGCGCCCGUACAUCAACCCCACAACCUUCGCCUCUCGGUCUCCCCAGCACUUUGGGUUCAACUCCCCAAUCUUCAGGGGAAUUUCCAUUCGACACUCCCGGUGGCUAUUUGGCUAUCCGUAAAGUCGAAAAUGGCAUCCCAAUCACAACCCCAGGCACUGCUCCUCUACCAUCCGAGUUUCGGUCCAAGCAGGAUCUACAGAUUCGAGUUCGCCCUGGUGUAAAGCCUAUCCAGAAGCCGCCAUUCCAUUUUUGGGAAAAGAUGCCCAAUGAGCUUCAAAUCCACAUCUUCUCUUUCUUCCAGCCAAAGGAACUCGUGCAGGCAUCUCGAGUAUCCAAGACUUUCUAUAAGGCCUGUUUUGAUGGUCAGCUGUGGACAUCACUUGACGCUUCAGAAUUCUAUCGCGAAAUUCCCGCCGAGUCGCUCGCCAGGAUCAUUGUUGCGGCUGGUCCCUUUAUCAAAGAUCUUAACCUGCGAGGAUGCGUACAGGUCGAGCACUAUAAGCGAACUGAGGUCAUUGUCAAGGCAUGUAAGAACCUCAUGAAUGCGACCCUGGAAGGUUGCCAGAAUUUUCAAAAGAGCACGCUCCACAGCUUGCUGCGAAGCAAUGACAAGCUGGUCAGCCUCAAUCUCACUGGGCUGACUGCAGUUUCCAACACCUCUUGCAAGAUCAUCGCCGAAUCAUGCCCUCAACUCGAGACCUUUAAUAUUUCCUGGUGUGGCAGGGUAGAUGCUCGGGGCGUCAAGGCAGUAGUUGAGGCUUGCCCCAGACUGAGGGAUCUCCGUGCUGGCGAGGUCGGGGGAUUCGAUAACGUUGCGACUGCUGAGGCCAUUUUCAAGACAAACAACUUGGAGAGACUGGUUUUGAGCGGAUGUGCAGAGCUCAGCGACGAAGCUCUCAAGAUCAUGAUGCAUGGUGUUGAGCCUGAAAUUGACAUCCUGACCGAUCGACCUAUCGUCCCGGUCCGAAAGCUUCGCCAUCUAGAUCUUAGCCGCUGUGUCCGGCUUACAGAUGCAGGCGUCCGAGCUAUUGGUCAUCUUGUGCCAGACCUUGAAGGUCUACAGCUCUCCGGCUGCAAACUACUAAACGACGACGCUCUCGAAUCUAUUCUAGCAUCUACUCCUAGACUAACACACCUUGAUCUCGAGGACCUCGAGAACCUCUCAAACUCGAUCCUAUCAGAGCACCUCGCCAAGGCUCCUUGUGCAACAUCGAUCGAACAUCUAUCUCUGAGUUACUGUGAGAACCUUGGCGACACAGGAAUGAUCCCGGUAAUGCAGACAUGCACGAACCUCCAGAAUAUCGACCUCGAUAAUACUCGAAUCAGUGGCCUUGUCCUCGCCGAGGCGGCAGCAAUGGUCAUGAAGCGCUCUCAAAGAUCUACCGAAACAGGAACACGACCGAAUCUCACACUUCAGAUGGUCGUUUACGACUGUCAAAACGUCACAUGGACAGGAGUUCGUGAAGUUCUCUUCCGAAACACUCAAGUCAAGGCUGUCGCAGGACAACCCGGCCGAGUCAGCUACCCUACUGAGAUGAUCGGCCUCAAGUGCUUCUACGGCUUUCAGAUGACCGUAGAUGAGCAUCAGAAGCGGGUUCUUCGUGGUGACUUCGCAUCUGCCGGCCGCCUAGAGAGGAAAUGGGCAGACUAUAUGCAGGCCACCGAAGAAGCUGGCAUGACAGGUUCAGGCCAUAGAAGACGCAGGCGCCGAGCAAGAGAGGCUCAGGCUCUCCAUCUCGACGAGGAGGACAGCGGCGUUGGUCCCACCGGUCGUCGUAGGGCACGCACCCUGGGCUCCUGCUCUGUCAUGUAA